AUGGCACCCAAACGCAGAACAGACACCGAAGAUACCAUCGAUAAAAGGCGUGCACGACGCCCUCAAGUUAUCCUCCGUACCCUCCCUCCCAUAAUCUUCUCGACCCCAAACAACGCCCUUACCUUCCAGCUCACCAUGUCCGUCCCAGGAGUUAAGCCCUCGUCUUCCACCACGUCACCGAUCGACACUCGUCCCUCCUCCUUGGAGCAGACCUUUGGCAUUAACACUCACAAGAUGUACGAAGACUCGCAGGUCGUGGAGCGCGAGUUUCAGCGCGUCAAGACCGACCUCACCACCAAGAGUCAGACCCUCGACGAGAAAAUCACCGGGCUCGAGACGCGCCUCACGGCCAAGAUCGACGCACAGAAGGCCUACGUGGACGAAAAGCUCGGUGCAACGAAGACCUACGUGGACGGCAAAUUCAAGAAACAGGAGGAGCAGUUGUCGCAGAUGCAACUGAACCUCGACCUUCGGCUAGACGACCAUUUCGACAUUGUCGACAACUUCUCGAAGAAGACUGAGCAGUGGUGUAACAAGCAUGCGGAACUUGUUGAUGGGAACUUCCGCGCGGUGGACAAGCGGUUCGACGAGAUGCAGAAGAACGUCGAUGAACGCUUCAGCAAGGUCGAUGAGCGGUUCGACGCUCUUGAGAAGCGGUUUGACGGUCUCCAGGAUUUGCUCCAGCGCCUGCUCAUCCAAGGUGGCGCCUCCCCUACUUCCUUCACCCCUCAGUCCUCCCAAGAACCCCUCCCUCCCUUGUCCCUUCCAACAGUCACCGUGAGCGCCCCGUCUUCUCCUGUUGCAGGCCCCUCGAGCGCACGAAGCCGUUCCCGCCCGCCUUCUACGACGACUCGCGAUGCAGCUUCCAUCCGCAGCGGCGAGCAGCGCCCCGACACCAUCGCAAGCGUGUUUCGCAGUAUCAAACGUCUCGCAUCGAAGGGUCUCAUCAAGAGCAAGGAGCGUCUGGAUCAGUGA